UAGAAAAUUUAUUAAAAAUUUUAAGUUUAACUGCAUUAUCAAGCAAUGUUUAAUAAAUUUUUUGUGAAAUAAAUAUAAUUAACAGUUAAACACGUCUAUUUAAAAAGUUAUGCGUGAUUAUAGUCUAAAAUGUUGCCCUCAAGCCCAUAUUUAUCCUAUGCCCCAUGACAAUUGUAUACGCAGAGAAAUUGAAAGCGAUUAUACAAAAUUAUGUCAACUUAAUAAUAAGACGAAAUCGUGUAAGACAAAUUUGUGCUGGUUGUCUGAACCUAAAGAAAUUGAACCAAUUUUUCAUGAGAAAUGUAUACCUUUAAAUCAUAUAAAAGUAAAAUUAAAAAGUGUAGAUAAAAAUGAUAGUGUACUUAGGAAUCGAAAGGAUGACAAAAAGCUUGCGAAAUUGAAAAGAAUCGAGUCAGAUAAAAACAUAAACAAAUCUCAAAAUAAACAGAAAAGAAACCCUUGUAAACCCAAAUGUUUGAAAAAGAAAUGUAAAAAGGAAACUUUACAAAAACCCGCUAAACCCCAAUCUGAAGUUUCUAAACUAAAAAGCUUAAUAAAAGAGUCACAUGAGCAUAAAAUUCAAAAUCGUUUAAAGCUCUUAAGUAAACCUAAAAAAUAUCCAGAAUAUAAACCAAAAACUUGGAUACUAACGAGGGCAUUAAAAUAUUAUAAACCCACUAGACGACUAUGCGAAUUAGCUAAACCGAAAAUUUAUUAUAACGACAACUAUAAAGAUCCAUUUAAAGUGCCGGAAAAUGCUUUAAACUAUCGGGCCACAUUAAGAAUUCAAGAACUUGCCAAGCCUAAUAUUAAGAAACAUAAGAUUUUAGAGGAGAUCAAAAAGAAAAAUCCUUUUAAAAUAAAACCAAAAGCUUUAAGGGCUAUAGCUACUGAACGCAUUAAAGAAUUGGCUACUCCUAAGGAUUACUAUGAUAUACAUAUAAAAACAAAUCCUUAUAAAGUUUCAAGAUUAGCUUUAAAAGCUAAAGCUUCGGCACGUGUUAAACAAUUGGCGCAACCAAAAACUAGUGUUAAGUAACCGAAACCAUACAAAGUUAGAAUCUUUGUUAAAUUCUGUAAUUUUAUAAAAUUUUUGUUAAUUUCUCUAUUUUUGGAGUAUUUUUCCAAAAAUUUUAUAAUUUUAAAGAAUUUUUUUUACAAUUUUGGAAUUAUUUCUUAAAUUCUUAAUGUGUACAAGCAUGCUGGUGAAAGCACAGAAAAAGCAGAAUUACGGAGCUUCGAAUCGAAAUGCUGAAUACAAAAGUUCAGCUACACAAAAAUCGAAAAUUGGUAUUCCAAAAAACAGAAUCGCUAGAAAAAGAAGAGGCAUUUUAUUAAUGCUUUAUGGUUGUGUACAAGCAUGCUGGAGCAAGGUCAUUCAAUUGUACCAGCAUGCUGAUGUUUUGUAUGGGCCUUUUAAAUGACGGAUCUUCGAAUCGAAAUGCUGAAAACCAAAGUUCAGUUGUGCAAAGAUCGAAAAUUGGUAUUCCAACAGAAAAACCAGAAUUACAAGAAAAAGAAGAAGGAUUUUGAAUGCAAUGUAUAAGGAUUGUGUACAAGCAUGCUGUUAAAAGCGUCAGCAUGCUGAUGUUGCGUAUGAGCCAUUUUAGUCACUGAACUUCGAACCGAAAUGCAAAGUUGCCAAACAAAGAAAAUGAAAUGCAGACUAGGGGUAAUGGAAUUUUUCGUAAAUUGUCUAAAAGCUUAUAUGUUGCUCAAGUUUUAAAGAUGUUUUAAUACAAUUCUCUAAAAAUUUUAUAUUUUUAAAGAAUUUUUGAAAUUUUUACCCAUAUAUUUCAUAAAUUCUUUAUAAAGAAUUUUUGGUAAACUAUCAUAUCCUAGAAAAUUCUUGAUAAUUUUUAGAGAAUUUCCAAAUUUUGUAGUUUUUUGUGUUUACUCAAAAACUAAUUCCACUAACAAUAAAACAAUUUUAACAUUUCUUUCAACAAUUGUUGUUAUACCUUUUUUUAUUAUUGUUUGUUGUUAUAACAUUUUAGUUGUUUUACGUUUAUUAUAGUGUUUGCAUGCAAUUUGAGACAAUUGAUUAUAUGUAUGAUAACUACAGUACGUUAUAAAUAAUAUAAAUAAAUUUAGCAUAACGCACUUUUUACAAAUUGUUUAUAAUUUUUAACAAAUAAAUAAAAAUCGCACAACUACCAUAAUAA